AUGGGGAAGGCAGGAGUGAUGACACGGAAAGUCGUGCCUGCGAACAACUCCUGCCUGUUCACUGCCAUCGGUUUCGUGAUGGAGGGCGGAGUCAUGGACCUGUCGCGUGCCACACAGAUGAGGAAUCUGAUAGCAGACGUCGUUGCCUCCAAUGCUGUUCUUUACAACGAAGCUCUCCUAGGAAAGAGCAAUGCUGAGUACUGCGCUUGGAUUCUGAACUCCGAGAGCUGGGGAGGGGCUAUAGAAGUCUCCAUCUUAUCUAAAGUCUAUGAGACUGAAAUAGACGUCGUGGACAUCCAGUCUUGCAGAAUAGACCGCUUCGGAGAAGACAGUAGGUAUGACCAGCGUGUUCUCUUGCUGUAUGACGGCAUCCACUACGAUGCUCUGUACCUGGAGGCGCUGGACCCGAACUUUCCCGCCAAGACAAUCUUCCCGACAACGGACGACUCCAUCCUCGCCCUAGCACAGGAGUUUGCCACCGAAGCUCGCAGCAAUCGCCAAUUCACGGACGUGUCGGGUUUCACGCUGCGCUGUCUGGUGUGUAACACGUGUCUGACGGGGCAGAAACAAGCCCAGGAACACGCCACGCAAACUGGGCACAUCAACUUUGGCGAGGUCUAACAGUAAUACUAACAGGUACCUGUAUGUGGACUCAAUUAAUAAUACUUACUUGUUUUAAAAUGCUCGAAAGAGUAGGCUAUGCCAGCCAUUAUUAUUCCUAGGUCGCAAGGAAGAAAACAAAGUACAAAUACAUUUGACUGAAAAGUCACUAGAAAAUUUGAAUUCUCCAACUAUUUUUUUUAUAGUGAAAUGUCUCUUGAACUGUCAUAGCAGAAACUGUAUUACAAAUAUUCAAUCAAGUUUUAGUAGUGUUGUAUCCUUUGAAAUGAUACAUGUACUGGUUUGUCUAUGCUGCAAUUUGUAGGUAGUUACUUUUGCCUGCCACCAGUAUUUAUCUAGGUACUAGUAUUUAUUUCGGCCAAGCACAAGCAAUGUAUGUCUAUAUAGUUUGGGUGCUAGAUAUUGGUUUCUAAAUGUCCUUGGUUUCUAUGCAUAGGUGAUGGCAGUAGUGUUAAUGUUGGAAAUGUUUUUUCUACUCAUUCAAAGAAUUUACAACUUAAGAAGGAAUUGCUAUGCAGGUAGGUAGAUGAUGAUGACAUGGAAACAAUGGUAUGUGGGAAAGUCAGAAAUAUGUAAGCACUGUGUUCAGUUUUGUUCAUUGCGGUAUUGUGAAAAUUCUUUUACACAUUGGUGUUCCUACCUAUGCACUGGCAUUCAAAUCUCAAAACAACACAGAACAGUGUAAUAAUAUUAAUAAUAGAACAAGCAUCUAAUAAAAAUGUUUCUACAAGAGAUGUUUUUUACAUAUUACAGCAACAGGAAAUGUCUGUAAUAUGUACUAUGUAUGCGUUUUAUUAGUCUCCACCAAACUCCUUAGCAGGCUGAAUGAAUAGUAGCAACCGGCCUAAAAAGAAUGUUGGUAGCUGGCAAGGGGAGUUUGCCAUAGAAGGUCCAGUUUACCUGCAUAGACUGGAAAGGAGUCUGGUGGAGACUUGUGUUUUAUAGAAUCCAAUGGUAUUUCAUCCUUCUCCCUGCUACUUAGCUCCAUAACAAAUACAUAUUUACAAGUGUUUGAGACAUCUUUUGCAGAGGAAAUAGACAGUGAAUGUUAACAAAGUUGAAGUUUCUACUAAAUGUUGCUGUGACAAAUACUAGAAGUACAUAUACAUGUAGCUGUCUUGUGGCAAAUGUGUACACAAUGAGAAAUGAUGACAAGUGUACAUGUGUUAGUAUGUGUAGAUGUUUUUAUUACUCCAUGUUGAAUGGCAAAAUGCUUUAGACUUUACCAAUAAACAUGUAUUUGUGACAAUGCAGAGUUUUUCUUGGAUGCAUCUUUAGACUAUUGGUGUCAAUUUCUAGGACACAUGCAAUUCUGGACCAAUAACUGACGUCCCCUAAAAAUUGUAGCAAAUUUUCUAUCUGAAAUAUACCUGCCAACCUGGCCAAUAACUUCUAAUAUUUCUACGAUUACCCUACCACGUCUUUUUUUUUUUACCUUUUUUUUC